AUGAGCCUUAACCCGAACGGCUCUCAGCCGCAGCAUGAGACAGAAGAAAUCUCAUCUCGUGAUCCUUCUGUCGUUGUUGGCUGUCGUAAAUCGGAGCUCGCACUCACCCAAACUCGGACUAUCAUAUCAGAGUUGAAACAAAAGCUCGAACCCUGCCCGACAUUUGAGAUUGCCACAAGCAGUGUCGUUGGCGAUGCAGAUAAGCAGACUCCCUUCAUCCUCCUCUCUAAGCAGACCGGUGGAUCAGACGUUGGCAAAAGCCUAUGGACCAAUGGUCUUGAAAAGGACUUGGCAGCUGGCAAGGUCCAAUUUCUUAUCCAUUGUUUAAAGGACAUGCCGACAAUGCUGCCACCGAAUUUUCUCCUUGGAGCUAUUCCUGAGCGUGAGGACUGUUCCGAUGCUGUCGUAAUGAGAUCCGACUCGGUUUUCAAAUCUAUCGAUCAAUUACCACCUGGCUCCGUAGUUGGAUCGAGCUCUUCGAGGAGGAGAGCUCUAGUUCGACGAAACUGGCCUCAUUUAGAGAUACUAGAAUGUCGCGGGAACUUAGAUACCCGCCUUGCUAAGCUUGAUGCACCUGAUUCGCCAUUUUCUUGUAUUCUCUUGGCGACCGCUGGCCUACUACGCCUAGGACUCGGCCAUCGAAUCACGCAACGACUUGAGCCUACCGUAUUCCCUUAUGCGGUUGGGCAAGGCGCACUCGGUAUCGAGCUCAACACAGACCAUCAAGACAUCCUGCAACUUGUCCAACAUGUCGACCAUAAACCGUCGAGAUGGCGCGGUAUGGCAGAGAGGGCGAUGCUUCGCAGUCUUCAAGGAGGAUGUUCGUCUUCAAUUGGCGUUUGGUCUUCUUUUGAGCCUCUGGAAGGAAACGAUCUGGCAGACACAGCCCAUGAUAGCGGCACCCUUCGUCUGCGAGCUACCGUUAUCCAUAUAGAAGGAACGUCAGAUAUAUCUUCUGAAGAUGUUACCACUGUCCAGUCCGACGACGAUGCAGAGCAACUCGGUAUCUCAGUUGCGAACAUGUUGCUUAGCAAGGGGGUGCGCGAUCUAUUGCCAGAACAUGUAUAA